AUGGUACAAAUCACCCGCACGGGUCAGCAAGAGGUGGGGCUGCGGCACCGUCACAGUACUCUAAAUAUCCAAGCAGCGGCUGUGUGCAUCGAGAGUAAAUCAGAGAAAAUAAUACUAACAGCACUCUACUCUUCACCGAACCACCACCCUUCGGAAGAGCAACUGAAAGACUUCUUCUCACUCCAAGGGCACCGAUUUAUCGUCGCUGGUGACUUUAACGCAAAACACACCUUUUGGGGAUCAAGGCUGAUUACCACUCGUGGUCGCGUUUUAUACAACGUUAUCACUGACUCUGGCUAUGACAUUGCAUCAUGCGGUGAACCGACACACUGGCCAAAGGACCUCGCACGACUUCCGGACCUGCUAGAUUUCGCUGUCACCAAAAAUAUUAAUAGUAAACGAAUUCGAUCGAAGCUUCUUCUGGACUUAUCAUCUGAUCACUCACCAAUACUCCUGGAAUACUUCAUAGAAAAGGAAGUGAAGCAGACGUCAUCUAAUCUCACUAACUUUUCAACGAAUUGGACAAAAUAUAAGACAUAUAUCUCCUCUAACAUUCUCGAUCUACCUCUGGAUAACGAACAUCAUAUCGAGGAAGCAGUUAACCAGCUCAGUGUACUCAUGAAGAACGCUGCGAAGAUAGCUACCCCACCUAUGAAGCCUCAGAAGCACAAAAAAAUUAUUACUGCAUCCCACAUAAAAGCAGCAGUUGCAGAAAAGCGACGACUAAGACGUAUCUGGCAAAACAAACGAUCGCCAGAAUCUAAAAACCAAUUCAAUGUGGCACAAUCUGGAGCGAAGCAUCUUACUACGAAACACAAACCAAAACCAAAUGUGAAAGUUCAAGAAAAAAAACCUGCACAAUCGGCUGUCGAGCAGUCAACAAAUGAACCUGUAGAUGUUAAGGUAACUCAUGCUCCCAACGACCAGAAAUCCAGUUGUCCGCCCGCGAAGGCACAAAGUGUCGUAGCGUCGACGUCGUCUCGUAAAUCGUCAAAGACACUCAUCAAGCUGCAGCUUCAGAAGUUGGAGGAAGAACGGAAAUUAGAACAUGAUUAUAUAGAUAAAAAGUACACACUUUUAGAAGGAAUUGCCAAUGCAUCUAGUUCUUGUUCUGGAGUUAGUAUGAACCGCGUGCGUGAGUGGGUCGAUGAUAACACUCAUAAUGUAGAAAAGUGCGUUCACUCUGGUAAUUUUGAGCCUCAACGACAUUCUACUCAAAAUCAAUCACUCGCAUCGUCGAAUUCAGUUGUAAGCAAUAGUUCGAUUCCUGAAGUCAAUGACGGUCUGAGGGCCAUGGCCGUUAAUUGUACGGAGCAACCUAAUAAUCAACAAUCGACGAGGAAUCUGUGUCCUGAAGAGUAUGUUGAAUGUCCUAUCACCAAGAAACAACUUGCCGCGCGUCAAGCGAUUCCAAGGGAUCUCCCCUCUUUCUCUGGGAAUCCCGAGGAUUGGCCUAUAUUUCUGUCGUCCUUCACCAACACCACUGUAAUGUGCGGUUACACGGAUGCAGAAAAUGCAAUCAGAUUGCAAAAAUGUCUUACGGGAAAAGCAUAUGAAGCUGUCAAGAGCCGUUUGAUGUAUCCAUCGAACGUGAAGGGAGUCAUCGAUACACUGCGUAUGCGUUUUGGUCAACCUGAAGCUAUUGUCCACUCAUUGAUAGCAAAAAUCAACGCGUUGCCGGGUUUAAAAGAAGACAAACUAGAGACUAUCAUGGAUUUUGCGGUAAAUGUUCAAAAUUACUGCUCUAUCGUAGAUGCAUGUGGGUUGGAAGACCAUCUUUACAACGUGUCCUUACUUCAUCAAUUAGUCAACCGACUUCCACCGUCAAUUAAACUUGACUGGGCUAGAUAUCGUCAAAAGCUUGUUAGCGUCAAUUUGGCGUGCUUUGGAAACUGGAUUUAUUCACUUGCAGAAGCGGCCAGUGCCAUUACUGUCCCAGCGAUCCAGGAGUCUAAAUCCACGCGGAGUGAUUUUCAUCAACCCAAGAAAAGUGGUGGUUUUCUUAACGCUCAUCUAGAAUCCGAAUCCCCACCUCAUGAUCUUCAGACACAAACCUAUCAUAAAAGUUAUAUUCAAGACUGCGUUGUGUGUGGAGCCGAUUGUAAGGGUGUCGAAAAUUGUAAGCAGUUCAUGGGGCUUCCUCGGGAUUCUCGCUGGGCUGUAGUGAGAGAAUUCGGUCUAUGUCGUCGAUGUCUUCGUAAACACAACGGAAGUUGCAGAGCCAAAGUUUGUGGUAAGGAUGGUUGUACUUUUAAACACCACGAGCUCCUCCACAAUGAACAGAAACACAAAGAAGUUUCAAGACCCGAUGAUCCUCGUCCAGGAACCAGUUAUUCGCACCACGAAUGCAACGCUCAUCGUGCUAGUUCAAAUGCUGUUCUGUUUCGUUACCUUCCUGUCACAAUACAUGGAACGAAAGGGUCCAUUCAAACAUUCGCCUUCCUAGAUGAAGGCUCUGCGUUGACUUUAUUAGACCAUGACCUCAUGGAAGAGCUUGGACUGGAUGGAACAGAAAGUCCAUUGUGUCUUCGGUGGACUGGUGGCACUGAGAGAUAUGAAAAAGACUCUCGAAUAACACACGUGUCUAUUGCGGGCACGCAGGAUGGAGCAAAGAGGUUCAAACUGAAUGAGGUGCGAACGGUGAAGGAGCUGCAGUUGCCAUAUCAAUCUCUAAACAUAGAUGAAAUGAGGAUCAAGUAUCCACAUUUACGAGGUCUGCCCAUAAGAUCAUACAACGACGCACGGCCGCGAAUCCUAAUAGGAUUGAAGCAUGCUCACGUUAGCUUGGUUCUACAAAGUAGAGAAGGAAAUCCAGAUCAACCGAUAGCGAUAAAGACUCGUUUGGGUUGGACCGUUUGUGGUGGUAAUGGCGAGAACAAUGCGUCGAAUUUGGUGCACUACUCUUUCCAUGUGCAUUCCGAAGAACAUUCGGACGAAUUCUUACAUAACGCCAUGAAGGAGUACUUCGCUCUCGAUAGUCUUGGAGUAGUAAGACCCAGUCGUGCUCUGUUGUCGUCCGAAGAUCAAAGAGCCUGUUCAAUACUCGAAUCUCUCACUAAGUACACUGGAGACAACUUCGAGACUGGUUUGUUGUGGAGAUACGAUGAUAUUCGUUUACCUGAUAGCCGGCCAAUGGCUCUUCGUCGGUAUCAGCUACUGGAAAAAAGAAUGCAGAAAGAUCCGGAGCUUUUGAAGGUUAUGAACCAGAAAAUAGUUGAUUACCUGCAGAAAGGAUACAUACGGAAAUUGUCUAAAGAAAAAGAAAAUUUGCCUGUUUCACGCGCGUGGUAUUUGCCAAUAUUCCCAGUGGUCAAUCCAAACAAACCUGGAAAGGUUCGAUUAGUCUGGGAUGCAGCAGCUACCGUAUUCGGAACGUCUCUAAAUUCUGCACUCUUGAAGGGCCCGGACCAAAUGUGUUCGCUCUUCUCUAUUCUGUUGCAAUUUCGGAAGCACCGUAUAGGACUAACUGGGGAUAUACGCGAAAUGUUUCACCAAAUCCAAAUCCGCGAAACAGACCGAUCAUGCCAGCGGUUCUUUUGGAGAGACAAUACAGGAGAGAUUAUUGUUUAUGAAAUGUGUGUAAUGACUUUCGGUGCGUGCUGCUCUCCAAGCAGCGCUCAAUAUGUUAAAAACAUAAAUGCUGAACGGUUCUCUAGGAAAUACGCAGAUGCAGUGAACGCUAUCGUCCAGCAACACUACGUGGACGAUAUGUUGGUGAGCGUAGACUCCGAAGAAACAGCUAUUCGACUAGCUCAGGAGGUAACGUACGUACAUGCCCAAGGCGGGUUCGAAAUCCGUAACUGGGUCAGUAACUCAACAGCUGUUAUAACUGUAUUGAAUCAGCCAAAAGCGAACGCGAAAAGUCUGGAUUUGUCUACUGAAAUAUGCACCGAGAAAGUACUAGGAUUGUGGUGGUGUACAGAGUCGGAUUCGUUCACAUACAGAGUCGGAUGGGACCGAUAUGAAGAAACGUUGUUGAAAGGACUACGUCGACCAACAAAACGAGAAGUGCUUCGAGUUCUUAUGACAAUUUUUGACCCUCUCGGAUUGAUUGCGCAUUUUCUCAUAUUCCUGAAGAUUUUGCUGCAGGAAAUUUGGCGCUCUGGUGUUCAGUGGGACGACACCAUCAACGAUGUUUUGUUCGAUAAAUGGCGAUCCUGGCUGCGUGUGCUACCAACAGUUGAAAAAGUACGAGUUUCCCGGUGUUAUUUUGUUCAAACGUCCUGCGAGUAUCAAGCUGAGUUUCACACCUUUGUCGACGCUAGUGAGAACGGGUUUGCUGGUGUGUCAUUCCUUCGUUUCAUCUGUGGUGAUCAGAUAAAAUGUACCAUAGUUGCCGCAAAAACCAGAGUCGCACCGUUAAAGUUCCAAUCUAUUCCAAGACUCGAACUGCAGGCCGCCGUGUUAGGAGGAAGAUUAGCACAUACGAUUCUAGCAUGUCUCUCAAUUCAAAUUACAAGACGCAUUUUUUGGACUGACUCUCGCGACGUCUUAUGCUGGAUUAAUUCCGAUCACCGUCGUUUUACACAGUUCGUAGCGCACCGGGUUAGCGAGAUUCUCGACAUAACAGAGGCGGAAGAGUGGCGUUGGGUGCCUACGAAACAUAAUGUGGCAGAUGAUGCAACAAAGUGGGAGACUAAACCGGAUCUGACACCAAACAGCAGAUGGUUCAACGGUCCUAGAUUCCUGUGGAAAACCGAAGAAGAUUGGCCACAACAACCAAUACGAAAGAGCUCAACCAAUGAAGAGUUGCGUCCCAAUUUGGUGGCUCACCUGUCGAACCAAUCACCGCUAAUAUGUGUUACUGAUUUCUCCAAAUGGCAACGGCUGAUCAACGUCGUCGGAUUUGUGUUUCGUUUUCCGAACAACUGUCGUCUGAAGAGCAAACAUCAAACAAUUUGCACCGGACCGUUACAUUUAGAGGAGAAACGUGCGACCGAGGAACAUGUGGUCCGUCAAGCCCAACAGGAUGUUUUCCUUGAUGAAAUAACUGCUCUAAGAAAACAACAACUCAUAUCGAGAAGCAGUUCUCUAGUUAAGUUCAGCCCCUGGUUAGAUGACCGAGGAGUUCUGAGGAUGCGAGGCCGAAUUUCCAACUGUGUGUUCAUUACAGAAGAAGCAAAAAAUCCUAUAAUUUUACCCCGUGACCACUACGUUACUACCUUGAUUAUCAUGCAUUACCACCACAAAUUUCACCAUUUAAACCAUGAGACUGUUAUAAAUGAGAUACGACAAAAAUACUCGAUUUCGCGAAUUCGCGUUUGCUACGCCAAGGCUAGAAGAGCCUGUCAACGCUGCAAGAACGCCAGAGCAGUACCAUCUCCUCCAAUCAUGGCGGACCUUCCAACUGCUAGAUUAGCAGCACAUUCUCGACCCUUUACCCACGUAGGGAUAGACUAUUUCGGACCGAUGGAGGUAGCCAUAGGAAGAAGAGUUGAAAAACGAUGGGGAAUGCUGGCUACAUGUAUGACGAUCAGAGCUGUUCACAUAGAAGUCGUCCAUUCACUAAGCAUCGAUUCCUGCAUCAUGGCUAUCCGCAAUUUAAUUGCUCGUCGUGGAGUUCCUCGUCACGUUUACUGUGAUCGCGGAACCAACUUUGUUGGCGCUAGCAACGAGUUGACUAGAGUGGAUAAACUGCUGAACAAAGAAGCCAUCAUAAAAGAGUUUUUGGGUUACGAAAUAGCAUGGUCGUUUAAUCCACCAGCAUCGCCCCAUAUGGGUGGUAGUUGGGAGCGUAUGAUCCGCAGCGUGAAGAGCAAUCUGAUGUCUCUAGAAAUACCCCGUAAACCAUCAGACGAAGUACUACGUAAUGCGCUGACUGAAAUAGAAGGUUCAUUAAAUGCAAGGCCGCUUACACACGUUCCAAUCGAAGAUCACGCGGCUCCAGCACUAACCCCUAAUCACAUUCUUCUUGGAAGCUCUAACGGGACGAAGCCACUUACGUUUUUAGAUGAUAGCAGCGUUGUCGUGCGUCAAUGUUGGCGAACUUCUCAGAUCAUUGCCAACCAAUUUUGGAAACGUUGGCUAUCGGAAUACCUACCAGAGAUAACUAGGAGAACCAAGUGGCAUUCAGCCUGUGUGCUACCGGUGAAGAUCGGUGACGUGGUCAUCGUUGUAGAUCCAAAGUUACCUCGCAAUUGUUGGCCAAAGGGAAGGGUAAUAGCAACUCGUCCUGGCAAAGAUGGAGAAGUAAGAUCCGCAACGGUUCGAACAUCCGGGGGAGUGUAUGAGCGCCCUGUGGUUAAGCUUGCUGUAUUGGACGUUCGCGAAGGAAAGUAA